AAGUUGCCGCGGCAGUCUUAUAAGUCGUUUCGCUAGAUCUUUCAACUACUACUACAUACGUGUUUUCGGUGAUCCCAAAACUAAUCCAACCAUCUUUAAUGUCUCUUCGUGUCUUAAUAUCAGGCGGUGGCAUCGCGGGGCCAGCAAUCGCCUUCUGGCUCACCCGCCUCGGGCACUCUUGCACAAUCGUAGAGCGAUUCCCUUCUCUCCGUACCAGCGGACAGCAGAUCGAUCUCCGCGAAGAUGGAGUGAAAGUUACCGAACGCAUGGGAAUUCUCGACGAAUUGCGGAAGUAUGUCGUUGAUGAGCAGGGCCUGGAGUUUGUCGAUUCAAGUGGCAAGCAAAAGGCCCUGUUUCCCAAGAUCGUCGACGCAGAGACUGGCCAGCAGGGCUUCACGACGGAGUAUGAGAUGAUGAGGGGAGAUCUGUGUAAGACGCUAUACGAUGCUGUCAAGGAAGAAACCAACUACAGAUUUGGUGUUUCCGUAAAGGACUUCGAAAACACUGGGGAUGGAGUCAUCGUCAAGUUCUCAGAUGGCAGUGAAGACCGCUAUGAUCUGCUCAUAGGUGCUGACGGACAAGGUUCGAGAGUACGAAGAAUGAUGCUAGGGGCAGGCGGCGAUGCCCACAACCAGGUUGGCGUCCAUAAAUUGGGAGUCCAUGUCGCUUAUUUCGGACUUGCACGAGAACCACAGGACCCUAACCUCGCCACUAUCUAUCACGCCCCUGGUCGUCGAUUUCUGAACACACGAUGGCAUAACGAAACACAUGGACAGUGCUAUCUAGCCACGAUGAGUGGCGCCAGCGACCUCGAUCAGGCUUUGACUGGGGAUGUGGAUCAGCAGAAGAAAGCUUUCGGCCAGCACUUCCGAGAUGCGGGCUGGCAAGCAGAACGUCUUGUUAAGGCGAUGGAAGAGUCAGAUGACUUCUACGCCCAACCGAUCAUUCAGAUUAAGAGUGACACUUGGUCAAAGGGGAGAGUCGUUCUACUGGGCGACUCCGCGUAUUGCCCGUCGCCCUUGACUGGCAUGGGCACGAGUCUUGCAUUGAUCGGGGCAUAUGUCCUCGCCGGAGAGAUAUCAAAACAUAAAGGGGAUUUGGAUGCGGCCUUGAAAGCGUACGACCAGACGCUGCGGCCCUUGGUCACCCAUGUCCAAAAGUUACCGCCGGGUAUGCCAGGUCUCUACUAUCCCAAGUCCAAGUUAGGUGUCAAGCUGCUACAUACUGUGCUGGGCCUCGUCACGGUCUUGAAGCUGGAUAAGAUUGUUCAAUUCCUAAUGUAUGAUACGAGUGAGAAAUGGAAGUUGCCCAGCUAUGCGGCAUGGGAUAGUGAACUGGAUGAGGAAAUCCAUAGUGAGGAGAAGAUAGCAGCAACUGCGUAG